UGAAGAACGCAGGGCACUAUGUCACUGGCAUCCUGGUUCAGGUGGAAUGAGCCCCCAAACCGCAUUUCCCAGAGGAACCCCUCAGAGAUGGUGGCUGAGACGCUAAUGAUGGAGCUGAGUUGGCAGAUGAAGCAGGCUGAGAAGCAGCAGCGAGAGCGGGAGAACGAGUAUCGCAAGAUCAAGACUGGGGUGGACUACGGCUGGCUGGUCAGCUACCCAAAGCAGAGCUACGAUAUCAGCCCGGGAGAACGGCUGCAGCUGGAGGAUAUGUGCAGCAAAAUCCACCCAUCCUACUGCGGGCCUGUGAUACUAAGGUUCCGACAACUCAUUGCUGAGUAUGAACCAGAAGUGCAGGAAAUAUCACGGCUCUUCCGCUCCGUCCUGCAGGAAGCCGCUGAGAAGAUCAAAGAGGAGGAAGAGGCCAAGAAGCUCGCCAGGCAGUGGAACACAAAGAACAAAACCAGCCUCUCCUUAACAUCGUUUAAAUCCCGCUCCAGGAUUUCCCCGUUCAUCAGUGACAUCAAGACCAUCUCUGAGGACGUGGAACGGGGCACUCAGCCUACAAGGAGGGUUUGGAGCAUGCCAGAAUUUCGGAACACAAAGGAUUACUGACUCUGUACAGAACAAGGUUUUUAGAGAGUGAUCUUUUAAAUUCCCCAUUAACCCUUUUUUAUCUUUGCCAUUUCUUCUUUGUUCCAGCUCUCUCUUCCCGUCUGCCUCUCAUGGAAGCUGUGUCCAUAGUAACUGCUGCUAACGCACGCGGUCUGUGACACAAUUUAUUACCAAAUAUGUUAGCCCUUCCU